UUUUUUUUCUUUUUUCUUUUUAUUAUUAUUAUACAUAUUUUCUUUUUCUUUUUCUUUUUCUCUUUCAAAUAAAUAAAUAUAUAUACAUUUAAUAUACAUAUUUAAUGGGUUUUAAAUUACCUUUUCGUUACAGUGAUCCUAACUUUCAAGUCUUUUUAGUUGGAUUUAUCUGCUUUUGCUGUCCUGGUAUGUUUAAUGCCUUGAACGGUAUGGGUGGUGCUGGUCAAGCUGAUCCAAAGACUACAAAUGAUGCAAAUACAGCUUUGGCUGUAACAUUUACGAUUUGUUCCUUAAUUGGUGCACCUGUAUAUAAUAUUUUUGGUCAUCGUAUUCUUUUACCUGCAGGUUUAGCUUAUGUACUUUAUGUCGGUUCUUAUCUUACUCCAAAUGCUGCAUUUACAAUUGCUACAGGAGCUAUUUUAGGUAUUGGCGCUGGUUUCUUAUGGACAGCUCAAGCAGGUAUUAUGAUGUCCUAUCCUGAUGAAAAAGAUAAAGGGAAAGCAUUUUCAAUCUUUUGGAUGGUCUUCAAUCUAGGUGCGACCGUGGGUGCUGCUAUCCCUCUUGGUAAUAAUUGGAAUAAUAGUGAAAAUACAGUCAAGAUAGGCACUUAUAUUGGUUUUAUGUGUAUUAUGGGUUUUGGUGCUCUCUUAUCUCUUGUCUUGUUACCUGCUAGUAAAGUCAUUCGUCCUAAUGGUUCUCCUGUCUCUCUUCAUAAAUUCUCUAAUUGGCGUCGUGAAGCAAUCGAGGUCUUUAAACUCUUUAAGGAUUGGAAAAUGAUCUGUUUAAUUCCUCUCUUUGCUGGUUCUAACUGGUUUUACACGUAUCAAUUCCAAGUCUAUAAUGGUGGGGGUUACUUUGAUCUUCGCGCGAGAUCUAUUAAUAAUCUUAUCUAUUGGCUUUGUCAAAUCUUGGGAGCUGGUAUCUUGGGUUGGUUACUUGAUUGGAGUCGUCUUGGUAAUCGUCGUUUACGUGCUAUUCUUGGUAAUACCUUUAUCCUGCUCGUCCUUGUCGCUUCCUGGAUUGGUGCUAUCUUUGUUCAAAAAAACUUUACUUAUGACAGUGUCAAGGUGCCUGGAUAUGUUCAGACCACUGUCUAUUCAGAGGGUUAUGCUGGUUAUUGUAUCUUGUUUGCUGUCUUUGGUUUAGUAGAUGCCUUCUACCAAGGUUUUAUUUAUUGGUUAUUAGGUACCAUGACUAAUGAUACAGAAAGAGCCGCUCGUUAUGGUGGUUUCUACAAGACAAUUCAAAAUGCUGCUGCUGCUAUUGCUGCUCAAGUGGAUGCCAUUCAUGUACCCUUUAUGACUCAAAUCUAUAUCAAUUUAGCCAUUGAAGGUUGUGGCUUGAUCUUGGCUUAUCUUGUUUGUAUCAAGGUGCCUAAUGUUACUGUAGAACAAGUAGAUAAUCUUAUAGACGGAAGUGCACCUGAACUCUUGGUGGGUGGUCAAGUUGAGUCACUUGAAGAUGGUAAUGAAAUAAAGAAGGAAAUUAAGAUUGAAGAAAAGGAAUAUUAAAAGAAAAGAAGAAGAAGAAAAAAUAGUUACCAUUUCUUUCAUUCUUUCAUUCAUUCAUUCAUUCUUUCUUUCUUUCCCAUUAUUUCUUUAUUACGUAUAACAUGUAAUUAUAUAUAUCUAUUAUUUUACCUAUGCUAUUGUCAAAUAAAUUUAUUUGAAUUACCCAAUGAUUAAUAAUUAUAAUAAUAAAUAAAUAAACCACUUUAUUUUAAUAAGCAUGACUUGUUUCUUACAAAGCAUCCUAAUUAUACAUUGUAUUUAAAACAAUAAAA